AGAGCUCGGUCGAUGGUAGCGCCACUCUCCAAAAAGCGGCCAUCGACAGCUGGCGCUGUAAACAAAUUUUCUCACGUGGGCAAAGCUGGAUUUAUGAGUGUUUUGCCUAUUUUUUAAUCGAUUUGUGACCUAGUGAUUUUUUCAGCCGAAAUGGAAGAAGAAUCAAGAGAUCUGCCAAAAUCUACCGCCCCUGUGGACAAUGCCUGGAGCCUCAAACUUCCUGAAUUCAAACCUGGUGACAUGAAGCACCGACUGUUGGAGGAGAGUUCAUUCGCCACCCUAUUCCCAAAGUACAGGGAAAAAUAUCUAAAAGAGUGCUGGCCCCUGGUGAAAAAAUCUUUAGAAGAAUUUGGCAUCAAUGCGAGUCUAGAUUGCCUGGAAGGCAGCAUGACUGUGAAGACGACAAGGAAGACCUGGGACCCAUACGUAAUUUUAAAAGCCAGGGACAUGAUCAAACUGAUGGCCAGGAGUGUACCCUAUGAGCAAGCUGUGAGAGUGCUGCAGGAUGAUGUUAGCAGCGACAUCAUCAAGAUUGGCUCGCUUGUAAGGAAGAAAGAAAAAUUCGUCAAAAGGCGACAGAGACUCAUCGGACCAAAUGGCUGCACACUUAAAUCUAUUGAGCUGCUAACCAACUGCUACGUGCUCGUGCAGGGACAAACUGUGUCUGCCUUGGGACCUUACAAGGGUCUGCAGCAGGUCAGGAGGAUAGUAGAGGACACCAUGAACAACGUCCACCCAAUCUACAACAUUAAAGCUUUGAUGAUCAAGAAAGAGCUGAUGAAGGAUCCGAAGCUUAAAAAUGAAAAUUGGGAAAGAUUUUUGCCACAGAUUCACUCAAAGAAUUUGAGUAAACGAAAGCAGCCCAAGAAGAAGAAGACAAAGAAGGAAUACACUCCAUUCCCACCUGCACAGCCUGAGAGUAAAAUUGACAAGCAGCUUGCCACUGGCGAAUUCUUCUUGAAUGAAGCCCAGAAGAGAGCAAAGAAGAGGAAGGAAAGGGAUGAGAAACAUGAGGAAGCCAACAAGAAGCGGCAGGAGAAACGCCAACAAGCAUUUGUGCCUCCAGAAGAACAAAGUGUCAGCAAGCCAAAAAUCCAGAAAGUUGAGGAAAAGAUUGACGUUGAGGCGUUUAAAAAGAAAAUUGUUGGCUCCCAAAAAAAGAAGAAGCGGCUAGCUUGAGUUAUGGCUCAAAAAGGUGUAUAUGAUUUUGCAACGCUUAAUUAAUAAAUCAAAUUACGCAAAUUA